AUUCAAAAUCCAAAAGAAUGGCAGUUAUGAUGGAGAGAAUCAUAUCUGGGAGUAAAUAUAUGAAAAAUGCUAUAUAUAGUUUAGUGUCAUCCACUUUUCAUUCGGGGUGUGGUAUUUGAUAAGUAUUAAACUAUUUUAAGUAAAUUGAGUUAUUCAGUUGGACCAAAUAUCAAAUUGGUCAUUUGCGUUCGGCAGGUACUCCUCCAUAUCCGGGAACUAUCUCUCUCUCUGUCUGCUAAUUUGUCCAUGCGAUGUAUAUCGUUGUUUUAAAUAGUAUGGGCUGCAUUUGCUCUAAAGACUGGAAAGAUGAGCAAAAAGCCAAGAAAUUCAGACGUCCCAGAAAAUCUUCCAAAAGACUAGUAGCUUCCUCACAGAAGGAGGAACUUGUGGUGCAGGUCGGCAAAGAAGCCAAUGAAGCAACUACGUUGCCUGUAUCAACCGAGCAUGCUGCUAAAAGUGCAGGCUCGACCCCAGCUUCCUGGGAGGAAGGGGAUAAGCAGCUCACUGUUUUCGACAAACCAGCAGCUGGGGAAUUGAAAAGGUGGGCAACAAUGGACACAGCACUGCCAGGAGGGAAAUGUCAGAUGUCUAGGGAAUUAUGUGCUGGAAAAGGGACAAGUGGAGCACAUAAUCCCGUGUGGCCAGUAUGGCUGACUGCUGUGGCCGGGGAAGCUAUCAAAGGAUUGACACCUCGAAAGUUGGAAUCAUUCGAGAGAUUGGAAAAAAUUGGUCAAGGGACAUACAGCAAUGUCUACAGAGCUCGCGACCUUGAAACUGGAAAAAUCGUUGCUCUGAAAAAGGUGCGAUUUUGUAACAUGGACCCAGAAAGUGUCUGCUUCAUGGCUCGGGAAAUCCUUAUUCUACGUAAGCUGGACCAUCCAAAUGUGAUGAAACUUGAAGGUCUGGUGACUUCCAGGGUUUCAAGCAGCUUAUACCUGGUAUUUGAAUACAUGGAACAUGAUCUUGCUGGACUGACAUCUUCACCUUUGGUUAAAUUUACUGAAUCACAGAUCAAAUGCUACAUGCAUCAGCUGCUUAGUGGACUUGAACACUGUCAUACCCAUGGAGUCUUGCAUCGUGAUAUUAAGGGUUCGAAUAUUCUGGUUGACAACAAUGGGAAUCUGAAGAUUGGUGAUUUUGGACUUGCAACUCUUUUUGGUAGCAAUCAAAAACAUCCUCUAACUAGUCGUGUUGUGACAUUGUGGUAUCGAGCUCCUGAGCUUCUGCUUGGUGCUACAUAUUAUGGAGUAGCUGUGGAUUUGUGGAGUGCAGGUUGCAUUCUUGCUGAAUUGUUUACACGAAAACCUAUUAUGUCUGGAAGGACAGAGGUCGAACAGCUGCACAAAAUCUAUAAACUUUGUGGUUCACCCUCAGAAGAAUACUGGAAUAAAUCAAAAUUACCACUCACUGCAAUCUUCAAACCUCAACAGCCUUACAAACGACGUGUGGCUGAGGCAUUCAAGAACCUCCCUCCUUCUGCUUUAGCCCUUCUGGAAACUCUCCUUGCUUUUGAACCAGAAAAUCGAGGAUCGACGACUUCUGCACUUCAAAGUGAGUUCUUCUUAACAAAUCCUCUACCCUGUGAUCCAUCAUCCUUGCUGAAAUACCCCCCUAGCAAAGAAUAUGACACCAAGGUGCGAUGUGAGGAGGCAAAAAGACAACUAGCAGCUUGUGGAAAUGGCCAUGAACUUGAAUCUUCUAGAAAGGGCUCCAAAGAAUUGAAAGCCGUCCCAGCACCCGAGGCUAAUGCUGAAUUGCAGCUCUCCAUACAGAAGCUGAAAAUUCAGCCAAACCCCAGUAAGAACAGUGAGAAGUACAAUCCAGAAGAAGAUGGUGGUUCUGGUGUCCCCAUCAAACGGUUCAGGCGAAUGGGUGAAUCCAGACAUUCCUUAGAUGUUAUUGAUGAAAGGCCCCACGCAGAUCCUCAUGCACCCUUUGGUACCUCCGAGAAUAACGAGUUAACGACUCCAAGAUUGUAUAAACCCCAGGAGGCGGCAUCAGGAUUAUCUAAACCGUCCUGUUCAGUCACAGCGCACGACGGUUCACAACUGGAUUUUAAGACAGAGACCAGUGAUGCUUCACAUGAGCAAGAACAGUGUUCUAACACCAGAUACAAACAGCUCAAUAUUGGCAAAUGCAGACAGGUGCAUCCAGAAAAUAGAACGAUUUGUGCUCUAAAGCAGACACCAAUCAAUUAUUCUGGACCGUUGUUGGGUGGAAGUGUGGAGAAGAUGCUCGAAGACCACGAAAAACAGAUCCAAAUUGCUGUCAGGAAAGCUCAAAUGAACAAGAACAGGACCAGGAAAUGGUGUAGCGAUAACGAUCAAGUCCUAGACUAUAUCAGCCGCUGAUCAUUUGGGAGGACGUGUAUGUCUACUUCUUUAGCCAAUUGAUCCAGCUUGGUAUGAUACCAGAAGUCCACUGGCAGAGGGUUGUCUCUUUGCUCUGAGAAGGAGAAUGUUAGAGGCAAUACGCUAGAGGACAGCUUCAUGGGACGGAUAAUCCUGACUGUUUUUGAGAAAUUGUUUUCCUGAGCCCCAAUCUCAGAAGAGAUUUGAGGAGCAUAGGUUAUAGGAUGGUGGGACGUUUAGUUCCAAAACAUUGUUGUAUAGGGUAUUAGGGAAGAGCCUUCUUCAUAUGGAAGAAGAAGAAUUCAACCAUGUUUGAUUUUGUUUUCAUUUUCCAGUUUUUAGUGGGAAAUGCUGUUUCUUUAUUUGUAUAGAUUUUGUAGUGGAAAUGGGAAUACGUUUAUUUGUUGUGAGUGAUGUAAAAUCAAUAUAUUUUUUUAUU